AUGAAUCCAAGUAUGGAGCCACAGGCUUACGGAGCAGGUCGCGCAGGUUCAGUCUUUGAUCCGAUUGAAUUUUUGAAAAAACCUCAAGUUAUUUUGCGUCUUGUCGCCUGGGUAUUUGCUAUUAUUGUAUUUGCUUGUAUUGCUCAGGAAGGCUAUUACAAAGAUGAGUGUCGAUAUAAUGCAUCGAAUGCUUGUGGCUUUGGUAUUGCUAUUGGAGUUAUUGCUUUCUUGCUUUGUAUGGUGUUUAGUGCACUUGAUGUUUAUUUUCCAAAUUUAUCCAAUAUCAAGCAUCGAAAAUAUGUUGUUCUAGCUGAACUAAUUGUAUCAGGUGUCCUUGUCUUUUUCUGGUUUAUUGCAUUUUGUUACAUGGCUGAUCAAUGGCGUCAAGCUACCAAAGUAGCAGAAGGAUGGAAUGGACAAAAUAGUGUUCAAGCUGCGAUUGCAUUUGCCUUUUUUUCUAUUGCUGUUUGGGCUGCAUUGAUCUUUUUUGCAUUUCGCCGUUAUCGCGAAGGUGUUUCCAAUUUAUUCAGUUCGGGUUACGAAGAUCAUACGAAUAAUCCGGUUGGUGGCCAAGGACAAACACAUCCAUCGUAUCCAGGAUUUACAGGUGCUGGUGGCACAAGUUCAGGCUUUCAACAGCCUCCAUUCACGGCAACACAACAAACAUCAAAUUAUCAACCACCAACAUACUAA